CUCGCUGUUUGUCAACUCGAUCGUGUUUCUCUAUAAAUUAUAACUUGAUUCAUCAUCUCUUCAUCCUCACAUAAUAUCUCGUUUUUCUUCUCUCUCGCAUCUUUGCAAAUCAAUAUGGCCAAGUUCACAACCAUUUUCAUCAUGGCCCUCCUUCUCUGCUCAACGCUAACAUACGCAGCCCGGCUGACUCCAACGACAACAACCUCCUCUUCCAGAGAAGACUCCGUCAAGGAAACUGAAGGAGAUAAAGCUGAAGAAGAAAGCUGCGAAGGAAUUGGAGAAGAAGAGUGUUUGAUUAGACGAACUCUUGUUGCUCACACCGAUUACAUUUACACUCAGAAUCACAAGCACUAGAUCUAUAUGUAUUAAGCCAUAUAGUCAACUAGUAACAUUAUUAAACUCUAUACUUCUACUUUCUGUUCUCUGUCCUUUUUCUGUUUUUGAAUUUCGUUAUUUCUAUUUUCAUUUCUGUUAUGUUACUUUAAGAGUUAUUAUUAUUCACAUUCGUUUGCAUAA